UACUGGCAAGUACGGCCCCCGGCAAAUACAACAACGGCAACUGUGGAACAACUAAAGUGCAACACAAAAGGCAACACAUGUACCUUCGAGUCGAUUCGAACCUUUUGCAACUCUCAUCGGACCUGAUCGGAUGGUUUGUUAUUUGGACCUGUGUCAACAAUGUACCAGAAGCUAAAGCGAUUACACAAUUUAUAUCGGUGCUUGCCGUGAGCAGGAACUUCCAACACGUGUAUCACCAGCUAAGAUAUUGUCACAAGCUGGUUCGCUUGUGAAGCGGAACUGACAAGAACUGAGUUAAGUUUAAGCAUAUUCCCAGUACGGAACCAGCAAUAUUAAAAUAGUGUAUACUAACAGUAUUUUGUUAUACUACGAUCGUUUCGAUCUUCCAACUCGCUAAGCCAGGCAAUUAGUGUAAUGAAUGUGGUGUCUGUACUGGAAAAUUGGUUUGAAAUCUUAAGACCUUAAUCUCUCUCUGGAAAUGAUGGCCCGGUUAAUGAGCAAUGCUACUGAACGCUUAGCAAAGUAGUUUGAGCAGAGGUUUUUUUUAAUUACAAGUGUAUUAUAUCACCGUGACUCUUGAGCCGGGAUUGGUGCUACUUAUUGUUUCCCUCCAUCCAUGUGUGGAAUCCACCUAAUAUUUCUCUACUUAUCGGACUCAUGACCAAGUGCUUCUUUUAAUAAUUUUUUUUAACGAAGUUUAGUGCUAAGCAAUUUAAUAGAUUUUAACACUAUUAAUCCGAGUUUUAUCGACACAUACCGCCAUACAUAAGAGACUUACUGUUUUGUUAACAUUUUUAAUCCGGAUACUCAAGCAUUUUGUCUCAUACUUUUACUUGUAACGCAUUGUUUACUCACGCAUGUACGAGGUAAACCUAUUUUUCUUUUGAUAUCUUGUGUCUUUAUCUGAAAAUACUCAGCUCAAAACUAUCAAACGAAUGCGAACGUAUCUAUCAAAUAGAUUAAACAAUGCACAAAUACAUAAACGCGUUAGCCAUGGGCAAAGGAAACAAAUUAGAACAGGUUAGAUUAAAUUAAAACGAAAUGCUCCUGUUUCGGUAAUUCAUUGCGAAAAAUCGACUACCGUCGCUACUUGUUCGUUAUCUGUGAAAGUGUGAUUAAAUUUUAGCAUAUUUUAAUCGUACGCAAGAAAACUAAAAGAGAAAUCAUAGGAAUAUAAUGCGUCAUGUUAAGGUUUAUACUCCCGUGUGAAUGUGUGUGUAUGUGUGCUCGGUAUGGUGCGAUUACUGGUAUUGAGCUGGUGUGACAAACAAAACUGAACCAACCGAUCUGCAGAGCAAUAUCAUGUAGGAAACGGAUGUAAAAAGAUGACAUGAACUAAGGCGUGAAAGAUGUUAGCAAAAGUAUAUACGUAGCAUGUAUAACGUACUCUGUUAUGUUAAGAAAGAUAUAAACAAUCUAACCGCGGUGUCUACUACUACUAAUGAAUAGCAGAAAAAACACAUAUAUUUAGUGUACAUUAGCCAUAGGUUGGGGAAGAAUCUUCGGUGAAAAGAAUAGUAAAACAAAUACGAUUUACAGGCAGGAGAUGACACUAGUCUAGACAAAUCUUUUCGUUUCAUGCUGAUGUGAACACCUCUCGCAACAGUGUGAGCUGAAAAUAUAAAGAAUUUGUGUGAGUGUGAGCAUGUUCCUCCUCCACCGCUACUGGUCAUACAGGUUUAAAAAAGGAGAUAAAUCUUAUUGUAACACCAAAAUUCGUUGAAUUGGCAACAUCCAGCUCCAUCCAUCCAUUGAAUAAGGCGAACGGCGAUUCGGUAAACUACGAAUGAGCCGUUGGUAGCGUAACAUUUUGAAGGAAGUAGUGUACCGUUGUGAAGAAAGUGUAGCGUUUUGUUUUAGAAACAAAAUACUAUAUUUACACAGAAACAUUCGCGCUGUAAAGUGAUGUAAAUGGUCUAUUGUCGAAAUUAGGGCAUCCCUUGUUACUGUCAGUGAAACACCCUAGCUAAUUGAUCAGAUUGGGAAUGUAAUAGAAGUUGGUUCGGAGUGGUUUGGUUUGUCUUUGUCUGCCUGUGUCCGUCUAUGUGUAUGUGUGCAUGUCUUUUCAACCGGUGAUUAGUGUGGUAAAAUAGGAGAAAUAAAACAGCAACAAAUUUAUCAUGAAAUGGCUAGUUUAAUUGUAAUCAUGAUGGCACAUCUCUGUCAUUUGGAACUGUUCCGUACGGUUUCCCAUCGGAAUGUGGUGCAGCUGUUUGGUCUGUGUCGGGAUAAGGAUCCACACCAUCUGCUGCUGGAGUACACCGAUUGGGGAGACUUGAAGCAAUUCCUGUUGGCUACCUCACCGAUCACGCCACCCAAUGGAACUGUUGACAGCAACAAGAAGGUUGCCGAAGGAUGAGUUUAUUACAAAACUGAAUCGUACCUUCCUGCAGGGAUCUGGCAACCAAAAUCGUAAUGCCUCAAAGGUAGAAGAAAAACAAAACCUCUAAGCUUUGGCAAAAGAAAAACGCGCAUAUUGUUAUGCGAAAAAUCAGAAAUCAAUAAAAUUUAACAUUAUCUAAAACAGUACCACGGAGGCUUUUUGGUGUUCAAGUUUGUGGAUCACAGUUUAUUCGUAUCCGAUGCUCGUACCAAUGGCGGUUCUAAUUUUAGGCACGGUAGGUGGCCGCCUAGCUGGGCCUGGAAUAACGGUAAUGUGUAACAAUGUUAGUAGCCGAAGAAAACCUUUCUCCUAGCCACGGCACACUAGCCAACAAUGUAUAAAUAAUUAAUUGCCUUAAUUUAAACUUUAAAGCGUUUUUCUACUAACUACAACAAUAGUGUGUUAAAUUAUUAAAGUGUUUAAAUCCCUACAUUUUCUAUGCCAUAAAUGUAAGUGCGGAUUUGCUCGAGAUUAGAAGGAGGAGUUUUAGAAUAGAACUUUUUUACUCUCUCUCUGAACGCGAGAGAAGCAUGUGCGAAAGAAUAAAAUGCGAGAGAUAAGAUCGGGCGACCGCUUCGCCAAUUAUAGUUGUGUAGGUGUGAUAACGAAGCAGGAGAGAUAAUGACAAUGAGCAAAGGAGAUAUUACGAUCAGUAUCGAUCGGACCACCAUACACUACAGUUAUAAGAGGCUUUUGGGACCUCGGCGUCCUUCCUUAGUACAUAGAAAAUAUUAUCAAAAGUUGUAUUUUAGUGCCAAAAAGUGAUCCUCGAGGAUCUUAUUACAUAAAAACAAUGUUUGUACAUUAAUAAGUGUGUUAAUGUGACGUAAAACAGUGAAAAAUUGUCUAGCACGUGUUUCAAUUGUUCCGAAGCGUCGGCUUGGGUUUGUGUCAGCGUAUGCUGCCGCGAGACUUGUUAGUAAGUGUAAGUGAAGGCAGAAUCCCACUGUGUAGUGGUAAAGCUUAUUGCUACCGAAGCAAAUCCUUUCGGGAAUUCAAAAUUUCAUCUCUUUAUGAUUGAAUCUAUCGCUGAAGAUUGUACAAAACCGGUUUAGCUUGAAAAAUGUUAAACCAAAAUGAAGGACGCUAUGAUAGAUGGUGUGUCGAGGUAGUGUGGUUGCUUUCUUAGUAACUAUUGGGAUGGAAUGAUCUAAUGUGUAAUUUCAAAUCUAACGAUAUCGUGGCGAUGGUGGUUUUUUCAAAUUCAAAAUUUUUCUUCCUGCGCAGGCAAUAUGCUUUCUCGCGUUCUUGCGUUGCGCCUAAGGAAAUGAACGUGCGUGUACUAAGCUUGCUUGUGUUGUGUAGUGCAUUAUGCCAAAAAAUUUUGUCAUAAAUCAUGGCAUAAACGUGUAGUGUUUGUUUUUAUCGAAACCUCGUUGGUUGUUUUUUGAUGAAAAAAUGUGAUAUCUAAUAAUCAAUGAGCUUAUUGCUUAUUUAAUUCGUUUAUUGAAAAAAUGUGGCCAUUGCAGGCGAGUGAUUUAAAUGUGUCAAAGCGUAUUGAAGUGAGUAGAUGCCUUUGGGCUCAGGAAAAAAGUGUUGGUUUUUUAAAGAUAAAAAGGUAUGUCUGUGUAUCAAUGAGCUCAUUGCUUAUUUAAUUCGUUUAUUGAAAAAU